UGCGCGGCGGGGCCGCUAUAUAGCGGGUUGGCGCCGGCGCCAGCUGAGCAGCGCGGCCCGGGCGGCGGCGGCGGAGGUAGAGAUCCUGCAACCCAAAGAAGAUGUCAAGACGCAGUAGCCGAUUGCAAGCCAAGCAGCAGCAGCCACUGUCAUGUCAAGAAGAGUCUCCGCAAGAACUGCAGGCACCAGAACGUCUCCAGACCAGAAAAAGGAGAACGGCAGAGGAGGAGAUAAAGAAAAGAGAAGAUGAGAAAAUUGCUAAAAAGCACCAAUAUGAGAUUAAGAGCUGUUGGCCGCCCACAAUAACAGGAGGCAUCUCGCCUUGCAUAAUUAUUGAAACGCCUCACAAAGAAUCGGUAACCACUGACUUCUCAAGAUUUAAAAAAUACAGGUUCAGAAACCUCUUCAUAAAUCCGUCACCUUUGCCAGAGCUCAACUGGGGAAAUUCCAAAGAUGUCUGGCUCAACAUCCUGAAGAAGGAGAACAGAUACGUUCACUGCAAACAUUUCACAUCACUACAUUCUAGUUUGCAACCUCACAUGAGAUCGAUACUCUUAGACUGGCUCUUAGAGGUAUGCGAGGUGUAUGCACUCCACAGGGAAACCUUCUACCUAGCUCAAGACUUUUUUGAUAGAUUCAUGUUGACGCAAAAGAACAUUAACAAGAGCAUGCUUCAGCUCAUAGGAAUUACCUCAUUAUUCAUUGCCUCCAAACUUGAGGAAAUCUAUGCUCCUAAAAUACAGGAAUUUGCUUAUGUUACUGAUGGUGCUUGCAGUGAAGAUGAUAUUAUAAGAAUGGAACUCAUUAUGUUAAAGGCUUUAAAAUGGGAACUCUGUCCGGUGACAAUCAUCUCUUGGCUAAACCUCUAUCUUCAAGUGGAUGCUCUGAAGGAUGUUCCAAAAGUGCUGCUACCUCAGUAUUCUCAGGAAAAAUUCAUUCAGAUCGCACAGCUUUUAGACCUGUGUAUUCUGGAUGUGAAUUCAUUGGACUUCCAGUACAGAACACUAGCUGCUGCAGCGCUCUGCCACUAUACCUCAAUCGAAGUAGUCAAGAAAGCUUCAGGCCUAGAAUGGGACAACAUUUCAGAGUGUGUGGAAUGGAUGGUUCCCUUUGUGAGUGUGGCCAAAAAAGUCCCCGCAAAGCUGAAGAACUUUAAGAAGGUUGCAGUAGAAGAUCGACAUAACAUCCAGACGCACACAAAUUACUUGGACAUGCUGGUAGGUAGUUUGUGGAUAAGCAUUAUACGCUGCUCCUCUGAGGCAGCUGAAAUGUGGACAGAUCCAUUCCUGCUUGCACCAGGUCUGGCUCACCUUUGCCAGCAUGGUUGGGGUGCUCAACCUUUUGUUUCUCACUCUUGCUUGAUGAUGCCAGUAACCAAAGGUGGCAAGCCAUAAGCAAACUUGGAUUUCAGGUAUUGGUGAAGUGUUUUAAAGAUAAUCAUCUUUGUUGUGUGACAAUGCUUUGUUUUAUUCAGUAUCCUAACUCUUACUGAUGAAACAAAAGCGGAGCUUGCCUGUUAAUACCUGUGACAUCAUCUUCUCCUAAUACACAGGAAGAAGUUAACAGUGGAGUAGCAUCUACUGCCCCAGGUCAGUUAUCACCAGUGCCAACAGGAGGAAUAAUAACCCCUCCCAAAAGUACAGAGAAGAAAUGAACUAUGGACAACUGUCAAAGAGUUUCAGAAAUGAAUGCUUGGUGCUUCAGGCCAGGACCAUGCUGAAGGUGACUCGUGCUUUACUGCUACUCAAGACUUGGGCAGAAAAAGCAUCAGAGCAGCAGAUGGAAGUGAGACCAGUACAGACUUGAUAAAGCAGACCACACCUUCCUCCAUGCUACCACAGGAGCCCAGGCUACUCUGGUCCAUUCUCAGACACGACUUCAACUCUGACCAUUCCAACAUUUCAAGAACUUCUUAAGCAUGGGUGACUGGCAAAAUCUGCCCACUCAAAUUACAUGUCAGACUUGCUUUAACUUGUGCCAGCCCUCCAGGGGAGUUUACAACAGCUUGUAUAUAUUACCUCCUCGCUUCUUUUGUCUUGUCUUGGCAAGGUCAGAGCUUAAUGCCCCUCAGUUAGUGACCCACGAGCUCAGGUGCAGUAUUAGAGGUCAGUGGGUAAGCAGUUUACGUUUGGGAAACCACUCUGUCCUUGCAUUACAGUGUUGCUAGCCCUGUAUCCAAUUCUAGCUCCCUUUAAGGUGGCUCUUUAUACAUUAGAACUGAAGCUGGUGGCAGCCUUCAUCGCCAACAUCAAGAUAAAAGUACAAGCAAAGAUGGUGCUGCUGAACUAACCUUAACUGGAAGAAGUGCAGUCCCUGAAGGAAGGAGCCACCAACUUUCAACACGAACUGGAGAGUAGGGAAAAAAAUGAGCCACUUGGUCAUUUGAAUCAGCAUUUUAAACUUUUAACUGUGGAGCUGUGUUUUACCAGUGCUUAUAAACAGCAUUAACUACUGUGUAUUCCUUGGAAUAUUCACUACCUCUGCCAAUGAGGUGCUUCACUCCUGUGAUGAAGGGACAGUCUGAGGAAAGAUGGGGAUCAGUCCUCCUCCCUCCUUCCAGAUGCUCCUACCUGUGC